AUGGAAGCAAAACUCAAUUUUUUGGACAUAAAAUUAGUAAAUAAUGUCGGUUUUUUCUGGACAAAUAUGCACGCGUCGUUUCCAUACGACGGAAGCAGAGGAAGUGCUGGUGCAGGUGUCACAGGUGGUAGAGGCGUUGAAUAUGGAGUAAGACGUCCCGACGCUCUUUUGCCACCCCACGGGCUCGACCAGACGGACCUUGUCCUCAACUCGAGUCUCGUUGACGACCCCCAGGUGAGCGACGAUAACACUAAUGUCGAUGACGGAGGAUUUAUGAACGAUUUACCUCUUCUUAAAAAUAUAAAACAAUCAGACAGAGGAGAAAAAGGAAUGUUAUCAGGCAAUGCCCAGCCAGUGGAUGUGUUUUGCUCGGUACCAGGAAGACUAUCACUGCUAAGCAGCACCAGCAAAUAUAAGGUCACGGUCGCCGAGGUUCAAAGACGACUCUCACCACCCGAGUGCCUGAACGCGAGUCUUCUAGGCGGCGUUCUAAGAAGUAGCCUAUCGGAUCCGGCCCUUGCUUACCAAAGCAUUGGACCGGGUUCGAGUCCGGCGUACACCAAUGAAUAUUUUCAAUAUUUAAGUGAGGCUAUUCACCUUGCCAGGGACUUUGGAUACGUGUGUGAGACGGAGUUCCCGGCGAAGCAAGUUGCCGAAUACCUCAGUCGGCAGCACUGCGAGCCCCAGGACUCGUACAGGAGAAAAGAGCUGCUUCAUGCCACCAAACAAAUCACCAAAGAGCUGAUGGACCUGCUGAAUCAGGACAGGUCGCCGCUGUGCAACACCAGACCGGCACACAUCUUGGACCCGAAUAUACAAAGACAUUUGACCAAUUUCUCUCUGAUAUCUCACGGGUUUGGAAGUCCGGCUAUUGUUGCUGCUUUGACGGCAAUUCAGUGGACUCUCGAUAACUCGAACUUCAAUAGAAAUGAUAAAAACUUUGAGUUAACAAGUUUUAGAUUUAACAAGAUUAGACCAAAAAUUAAGAAAACACUUGAUUUCUGUUAUAUAAAGCAUAUUUGUUUUAAAAAAUUACAAAUUAAUAAGACUUGUUAUUAA